AUGGCUGAGUCGCCGAACCCAGACGAGGCCAUUGCCAUCAUUGGCAUGGCCUGUAGGUUCCCUGGCUCCUCCCAUGGCCCGGAAGAGCUGUGGGACAACUUGAGAGACGAGACCAGUGCCUUCUCCGAAGUUCCUGCCGCCCGAUUCAAUGCUAAGGGAUGGUACCAUGCAGACCCAACCCGCGUUGGGAGUCACUUCUCUAUCUCGUCGGCCGAAGCAGCCGCCAUGGAUCCGCAACAGCGCAUGCUGCUCGAAGUUUCCGACGAAGCAUUUGAGAACGCCGGCCUUUCCAAAGAGAAACUCAAAGGGAGCAACACCAGUGUCUUCGUUGGAUCUUUUACUAAAGACUACGAGCAAACCUGCAUGAGAGAUCCGGAUACAAACCCACCGCAUUCUGCGACAGGAAACUCUCUUGCCGUCCUUUCAAAUCGGAUCUCCUAUGAGUUCGAUCUGACCGGUGUAAGCCUGACCCUUGACACUGGUUGUAGUGCCAGCAUGGUCGCUGUCCACCUGGCUUGCAAGAGCCUAAUAUAUAGAGAAAACUCAAUGGCUGUUGCCGCGGGCGUGGGCCUCAUCUUCUCCCCAAACACCUUGGCUUCAAUGGGUGGGCUCGGUAUUCUCAAUCCAGAGGGAAAGUGUUUCACAUUGGAUGAACGUGCCAAUGGGUACGGACGUGGCGAGGGAGUCGGAGUGGUCGUUUUGAAGAGGCUCGCAGAUGCUGUCGCUGACAAUGACACAAUCCGUGCCGUCAUCAAGGCAACAGGAACCAACCAGGAUGGUCAUACCCAAGGUCUCACACUUCCGAGCGAGUCACGGCAGAUCGACAACAUCAGGAACACGUACGAGCGCGCCGGGCUCAGCCUUGACCGCACAGCGUACUUCGAGAUGCACGGUACCGGCACAGUCGUGGGAGAUCGAAAGGAGGCACAUGCUGUGUCGAGUGUUUUCUGCCAGGACCGCGAUGAGACAAAUCCUAUGGUUGUGGGCUCUGUCAAGACAAGCAUCGGACAUCUCGAAGGUGCCGCAGGAGUUGCAGGCCUCAUCAAAGCUGUUCUUGCAGUCGAAAAGGGGUAUAUCCCGAAGCACCUGAACUUUGAGAAGGCGAACUCUGACAUUGAUCUUGAACAACUCAAACUGAAAGUCCCACUGGAGAUGAUGCCAUGGCCUGUCGAGGGUCUUCGACGAGCCAGUGUUAAUUCAUUCGGGUUUGGAGGGACAAAUGGUCACUGCGUUGUCGAUGACGCUGCCCAUGCCCUUGCUGAGGCCGGCCUAGAAGGCAAUCACGUCUCUUAUCUCUUCCCAGGCGACAAGCUACUAAAAGCAACACCCUCGCCUACCAAGGAGGACCACACGCAGCCCCCCAACCGACUUUUCAUCUACUCGUGCAAAUAUCAAGACGGCCUCACCAAGAUCCACACAAAUCAUUCAGAAUACCUCCAAGAUCGGGUUGACUCCCCCCCAGAAUUUCUUGCCAAUUACGCCUACACUUUAUCCUCGCGGCGAAGCAAGUACGAAUACAGGUCCUUUUGCGUUGCCCGUUCGUCUAGCGAACUUCUGGAGCACCUCGCAUCAGAUUCAGCCAACAUGGCAACGGUGAGGCCCAACAACACCAAGGGCAUACCCCAGAUCGCCCUCGCCUUUUCGGGUCAAGGUGCUCAGUGGGCCCGGAUGGGAGUCGAGCUGCUCCACUACCGCAAGUUCAAAGACAGCAUCGCCAACGCGACCCUGUUCCUUCAGAAAGAGUUGAACAGCCCCUUCAACCUCUGGGAUGAAAUUCUCAAGGAGAAGGACGUCUCAAGAAUGAACGAACCCGAGAUUGCACAGCCAGCGACGACAGCUCUUCAGGUCGCGCUGGUAGACCUUCUCAAAGCAACUGACAUCAAGCCGAAAGCCAUAGUCGGCCAUUCAUCGGGUGAAAUCGCCGCCGCCUAUGCACUUGGAGCCAUCACCAGAGAGGAUGCAUGGACGAUUGCAUAUCACCGCGGCCGAUGCGUUGCCGAUCUCCGAGACUCGGGUGUCACUGGUGCCAUGCUCGCUGUGCCUCUUUCGGAGGCCGACGUGCAGCCUUACCUUGCCCAGGCUGGCCAGAGCUCGGUUGAGGUUGCUUGCAUAAACAGCCCGGUCUCGGUCACGGUCUCGGGAGAUGAGAACGGCGUCGACCGAAUUCGACAGGCUCUCCAAGCGGACAACGUGACGGCGGUGCGCCUCAAGGUUCAGACAGCCUACCAUUCGCGUCACAUGCAGCAAGUGGAAGACGCGUACCGCAACGCAAUUGCCUCCAUCCGCCCGGGAAAGGCCGAUCCGGCAAAUCCCUGCGUCAUGUACUCGUCAGUCUCGGGCCGCCCUGUACAAGCGGCGGAGCUGGGCGCGGAGUAUUGGGUCCAGAAUCUCGUCCGCCCUGUCCAGUUCAAGACGGCUGUUGCCGCUAUGCUCCAGGAGCAGGAGUGUUCGGUAGACACGGUGAUCGAGGUCGGCCCUCACCAUGUCCUGCGGGCCGCACUGAAGCAGACAGCGCUGUCUGUUGAUCCGAAGUACGAGUCACUGUGGCUAACGUCGCUCCUUGAGCGUGGUCGAGACGCCUCUUCUACAUCCAUGCAGAUGAUGGGAUAUCUCUGGCGAUACGAAUACCCCGUGAAUUUGAUGUGGCAAAACGAGACCGAUUUUGGCGGUCUUCCGAGAGUUCUCGUUGACUUGCCUCGCUACCCCUUCGACCACGUCCAGAGCUACUGGUCUGAGUCGAACCGGUCAAAGUCGAAUCGAUUCCGUGCCAAUGGACGCCAAGACCUGAUAGGCGCUCCUAUGGAGCACGAAUCACAGCAGGAGCCUCGCUGGCGCGGAUUCUUCAGACUCCACGAGAAUCCGUGGCUAGAGGAUCACAAGGUGCAAGGCACAAUCGUCUACCCUGCAGCAGGGAUGGUUUCGAUGGCCAUCGAGGCGGCAAAGCAGAUGGCAGACCCCGAGAGAGUUGUCUCGGAAUAUGAAGUCUCCAAACUCGAAAUCACCAAGCCCAUGGUCAUCCCGUCGACUUCCUACGGUCUGGAAAACAUGCUGUGCGCACACCUGGAGACUCCGGAAUCCAAACUGAGCCUCCUGGCUGAAUGGACCUAUGGGUUCAGAAUCUUGUCCAGUCCUGAAGUGCCAAAUUGGACUACCAACGCGAUCGGUCGUUUCCACAUCCGCUACGCUGGAGAGGGCACAACCGAGGCUACGGCAUACCCGGACGAGUACCGCCAUCUUGACGCAAGCUGCGCUACCAUCCAGAUUCCUCGACAGUUAUACGAGUGCUUGGACGUGGUGGGAAUGAGCUAUGGCCCUUCUUUCCGCAACCUGACCGAGGUUCGGAGUGGUGAGCAAGUUGCCUGCACAGCGGUCCGCAUCCCCGACACCAAGGCUAUUAUGCCUCACAACUUCGAGUACGACCACGUCAUUCAUCCUGCCACUCUGGACUCGAUGUUCCAGUCAGUAUUUGCGCUUGGACAGGACCCGAUGCUUCCCUGUGCUAUUGACAGCGUCGUCAUUGCGGCAAACGUUUCACAGGGAGCGGGCGCUACGUUCCGGGGCUACGCCACAGCUCAGAAAGUCGGACAAACCGAGGCCUCAGCAGAGAUCGUGAUGCUCGACGAGCCACUGCAAACCGCUAUGGUUGUCGUCAAGGGACUCCACCUCAAGGCCGCACCGACCGGUUCCAGCUCCGGAGGGGCUGGUUUCUUGCCGUCGAACCGCAAUUUAUGCAGCGAGAUCAUCUGGAAGGAAGAUCUAUCAACUGUAACACCCUCGACAGUGAAGGAAAUUCUGGAUCUCAUUGGUCAUAAGAAUCCCGCGAUGACCAUCCUGCAGAUCGGCGGCCCGAUGCAGACUAUGAACGGGGUGUUUGAAAUGCUGGCGAAGCCGCACGAGACACCAAGAUUCUCGCGAUACACGAUCUGUGCGCCUGAGGCCCAGCUGCAAGAGUUCCGAGGACACCCUUCAGCAGGCUACCUCUCCGAACGUCUUGACUUUGUCGAGGACAAGACUCAAGCCCUGACACAACGACAGUACGACCUCGUCAUCCUCGGUCCAGGCGAGUCAUCGGACGCCCUUGACCUGAUCCCAUCGAUGAAGGACGGAGGAUGGGUCCUGCAGCGCUUUCCCGCUCACAUGGGUACCAACGUGGAAGAAGAAGAAGAAGGAAAAUCAGAGGUCUCCAGCAGCCUCAAAGAGCGCGCCGUACUGUGGCGUGAUUGCCCCCCAGGCCAGAGCGUCGUGGCGCACAGCAAGCCGGCCGACCGGGCGUCCAAGCUCGGUUGCAAAGGAAUAGUGAUCAUUCUACCAGAAUGCCCUUCAGGGCCAGCGCUGCUCCUGUCAGGAGCACUCUCCAACCUGUUUGAACGUGCUGGAGUGCUGGUGGAGCGGUGCCACCUAGGCUUGCUCUGUGCGAUGCCAAACAUCGAUCCUCGCAGCCUCUGCAUAUCUUUUGCCGAGCUGGAAGGCCCGCUCCUGUUCUCUCUCGACAAGAUGAGAUUCAACAAUCUCAACCAACUGCUCACUUCGGCCAACAACGUGGUGUGGGUCACUCGUGGCGCUCAGCGCGGUGGCCCAUCUCCCCAGGCGGCGACUUUCAUCGGUCUUGCCAGGUCUCUCCGGUCUGAGGACUCCAAGAAGAACAUCUUGUCUGUCGACAUCGAUGUAGCCGAUAACAUCGACACUCUCCCUACCGCGAGGGCGAUGUACUUCGCCAUCAGGAUGAAUUUCAGCGGCGGUUCUCCCAGCAAGGUAGAGACUGAAGUCAUGAUUCGGGGUGGCAGACUCUACACUCCGAGACUAGAGCAUCUACGCACGCUCAAUGGCGUCAUUGAGAAUGGCAAAUCUGAAGUGCAGAGCUCCGAUGCAGAGCUGUUGGCGCAAGGUAGCAAGUGCCUGGCGCUCGAGCCGAGCUCCAUUGGAGAUUCCGAAGGCCUCUGCUUCCGAGAGGACCCGGAUUUGUCGAACGUCGAGCUGAAGCCCGACGAGAUUCGCAUCUCUGUUCAGAGCACAUAUCUCGAUCCGACUGAUGCCGCAAUUAUGGAUGAAGAGGAAGAACGUGCGGCGAUUGGUACCGACGUCACUGGCGUUGUCACUGCUGUCGGCGCCAAUGUGAGCAAUGUGCGAGUCGGAGACCUCGUCACUGCCCUCGUCAAAGGCACACUGAAGAACUCGGUCCGUGUUAGGAAAGAGCUCGUCCGUAGGGUGCCUCGCUUGUUGGGAGACACUGAAGCAGUCCCUGUUUGGAGCCUGAGCGCGUUCAUGACGGCUAUGUAUGGCCUCAAAACCGUCGGCAGGCUGGCAGAGGGCCAAACGGUGCUGAUUCUCGGGGCGGCAUCGGCAUGCGGACAAGCAGCAAUCCAGAUCGCCCGGGCCAUCGGCGCAGAGAGCUUCAUGGGAUACUCGAGCGAGCAGCAGCGCAUGUUCUUGCAGACAGUUGUGGGUGUCCCGGCUGCGUUGCUCAUCGACGUGACCUCCAAGAAGUCUAGGGAAGAAAUCAGCCGAGCCACUGGUGGCAAAGGGGUCAAUGUUGUCUUCAACCCGACCAGGCAGCAUGUCGAAGAGUGCCUCCACUACGUCUGUGCAUCCGGACAUAUCGCACAGAUAUCGGCGACCAAGGCUGAACAUGGAAUGAAUCGCAUGAUCGAAUACAAGAUGACUCAAAUCUGGACAUUCGACAUCUGGUCAUUCCUGCACGAGCGCCCAGCCCAGUUCGAGAAGCUCUUGCACGACGCCGACUCUCUGCUUGCUACAGCUGGUCACGGACACCUGCUGAGCAACAACACAACAGACUUCACCCAGCUCGACGCCGCGUUUAAGAAGUUUCGUGUCGACCCUCUCCUUGGCAUCCACAACUUGACGAUCACCGACACCACAAAGGUAGCACUUUUGGGCCCGGUCCGCGAGGCAGUCCUCGAUCCGUCUGCCACCUACGUUCUUGUGGGAGGCCUUGGCGGACUGGGAGUGAGCAUCGCAGGACUACUCAUCCAGAGGGGUGCCAAGCACCUGGCAUUCUUUUCCAGGUCCGGCGCGUCGAGUGCAUCAUCUCAAGCCUGUCUAGAAGACUUGAGAGCGAAAGGCGCCGAUGUCCGCAGCUUCCAAGUCGAUAUCUGCGACAUGGCCGCUUUGCGAGCAAUCCUCAGGCAGGUGGCGGCGGAGAUGCCUGCCAUCAAAGGCGCGUUCCAGUGCGCGGCUGUACUGAGAGACUCGUCUUUUUCGUCCAUGGACUUCGAGGCAUGGCGCACGGCUUUCGCUCCGAAGGCCAUCGGCUCGUGGAACCUUCACGAGUUGCUUCCACCGGACAUGGAUUUCUUCGUCUUCCUGUCCAGCUCGUCCGGAGUCAUUGGAAAUCGUGGCCAGGCCAACUACGCGGCAGGUAACUGCUUCCAGGAUGCCUUGGCCAAGCACCGGAGCUCUCUCGGACAACCAAGCAUUUCACUCGACCUGGGAAUAGUAUUGGAGGUCGGAAUGGUCGCGAAAGACGAGGAGCUCCUUGAUGUCAUGCGUGCCGGCGGAUUCUUUGGCACCCGCCUGAAGGACAUCCUCUUCAUCGUCGAGCGCGCUCUCACGCCCAAGGGAGGAGGCCCCCUCAAGCUCCCGCCUCAGGUCGUCAUUGCCGUGGGCACAGGAGGUCUGACGCUCCAGAACAAGGUCGUGGACCCCUUCUGGGCGAGAGCGCCCAUGUUUCGGCACCUCAACCUCGUCGAUGCGCCACCGACUGAGGAUCCGACGAGCCUGGGCAAGAGCAACGACCUCGCCACGCGCCUCCGAGAGGCGGACGACGCGGACGAGGCCGCCGAGCUGGUCUGCUCGGCGGUGAUCAACACCCUCGCCAAGCGCAAGGGCAUGGUCCCGGCCGACUUUGAUCCGCAGCACUACUUUGGCGCGUACGGCAUCGACUCGAUGGACUCCAUGUUCAUGAUCUCGUGGAUCCUGCGGACGAUGGGCGUGACGGUCCCGACCCUCGAGGGCAAGUCGAUCAUGGCGCUGAGCAAGGACAUUGCGACGCAGGCUAGGUCUGCGGAGGAGGAAUAA